AUGUUGAAGCCUCAUGUCCUCACACCAAACAGUGCUCCCUUCCUCUUCUUCUCCCAUGGUUCCCUUCUUUCCAGCCACCGCUCCUCGUCGCUCCGGCUUCGGCCAACGGCGGUCCAGCUACAAAAGAUAGGGAAGCGUGGCUGCAUUCGUUGUGCUUCAGGGGAAGUUCAAUCUUCUUCAGUAGAUAGUGGUGCAGCCAUCAGUACUCUCAAAGCGGUUGCCACCGUUAAAAUGACGGUCGGAGGUUUACUGAGUAACCUCGGUCUCUCGCGUGCACUCGAUGUCACUGCUGAUCUCCUCGGUAAAAGCCUCCUCCUUGAGCUCGUGAGUGCCGAGGUCGAUCCAAAAACGGGACUAGAAAAGGAAACUAUUCAAGCCUACGCUCACAAGGGCAGCCAAGAUACAGAUGAUAUCAACUAUGAGUGUGACUUUACGAUACCCAAGGGUUUUGGUGAAAUUGGAGCGGUUUUGGUGACAAAUGAGCACCAUCAGGAGAUGUUUCUCAAGGACGUCACACUCAACUCUGACGAUUCCACCACCCUUACAAUUAGUUGCAACUCGUGGGUGCAUGCCAAGUCUGACAAUCUAGAGAAGAGAAUCUUCUUCACCAACAAGUCUUACUUGCCAGCCCAAACUCCAAGCGGCCUUCGUAGGUUGAGAAGUAAAGAACUUGAAAACAAGCGAGGGGAUGGCCGUGGAGAACGCAAGGAUUUCGAAAGGAUUUAUGACUAUGAUGUGUACAACGAUCUAGGUGAUCCUGAUGAUGACGACGACAAAGCUAGACCAGUCCUUGGUGGUAGCAAGAAACAUCCCUAUCCAAGGCGUUGCCGGACCGGCCGCCCCAGAACAAAGAAAGACCCUCUAUCAGAAACGAGGAGCAGCUCCAUAUACGUACCGAGGGAUGAGACCUUCUCCGAAGUGAAAUCUGUACAGUUCUCGGCAAAGACGUUGCGAUCUGUGUUGCAUGCAGUUGUUCCCUCCAUCCAAACUGCACUCAUCGACUAUAAUCUCGGCUUUCCUUACUUCACUGCCAUUGAUAAGUUAUAUGAUGAAGGCUUCACCUUACCAAAGCAAGAAGGGGUUGGCUUCCUCCGAAGCAUGAUCCCUCGGUUGGUGAAGGUCAUUACCGAUGGCACCGAUGAGGUCCUGAAAUUUGAGACACCAGCCCUCAUUGAAAGGGACAAGUUCUCAUGGCUCAGAGAUGAAGAGUUCUCUCGGCAAACAUUGGCGGGUAUCAACCCAUAUGCCAUUCAGCUGGUCACGGAGUUUCCAUUAAAAAGCAAACUUGAUCCACAAGUCUACGGCCCUCCUGAGUCUGCUAUCACAGUAGAGAUGAUCGAAGAAGAAAUAGGAGGCUUGGUGACAGUGGAAGAGGCACUCAAGCAAAAGAGGUUGUUCAUGCUAGACUACAACGACCUUUUCCUUCCAUUUGUGCACAAAGUUCGAGAGAUAGAAGGCACCACCUUGUAUGGAUCGCGUACCAUCUUCUUCCUUACAAACAGGGGCACUCUGAGACCGCUUGCCAUCGAACUCACCCGGCCAGCCUCCCCGACCAAGCCCAAGUGGAAGCAAGUCUUCGCGCCUUGUUGGGAUGCCACGGGGGCUUGGCUCUGGAAACUCGCCAAAGCUCAAGUUGGUGCUCAUGAUUCCGGCUACCAUGAGCUCAUCACCCACUGGCUAAGAACCCAUUGUUGCGUUGAGCCAUACAUCAUUGCAGCAAAUCGGCAACUCAGUGCGAUGCAUCCGAUUUACCGGCUAUUGCACCCACAUUUCCGCUACACCAUGGAGAUCAACUCGCUUGCUCGGCAAUACCUUAUAAGCGCAGCUGGGAUCAUAGAGUCAUCCUUCUCCCCACGCAAAUACUCCAUGGAGAUCAGCUCCGUUUUCUAUGACCAGUUCUGGCGCUUCGACAUGGAGGCCUUGCCAGCCGACUUGAUUCGGAGGGGAAUGGCGGUCGAAGAUCCUACAGCUGAGCACGGGCUCAGGCUAACCAUCGAGGACUAUCCGUUUGCAAACGAUGGCCUUCUGAUCUGGUCUGCCAUCAAGCAAUGGGUACAGGACUACGUCUCCCAUUACUACCGGGACUCGAGCCAUGUGUUGGAAGACUACGAGCUCCAAGAGUUUUGGAACGACGUCAGGACCAAAGGCCACGGAGACAAGAAAGACGAGCCAUGGUGGCCAAAAAUGGACAGCCCGGAGAACCUAAUCCACAUCCUGACCACCAUGAUGUGGGUGGCCUCGGCACACCACGCUGCCGUCAACUUCGGCCAGUUUCACUACGGUGGCUACUUCCCCAACCGGCCAAGCAUUGCGCGUACCGAGAUGCCGGUGGAGGACCUGCAAAGAGAGGAAUUUAUCAAAUUUUUGGAGAAGCCGGAGGAUGCACUUUUACGGUGCUUUCCCUCACAGAUUCAAGCAACCGUGGUGAUGGCAGUGCUGGACGUGUUAUCGAGCCAUUCGCCGGACGAGGAGUACCUCGGCGGGGAGCCAGAGUUGCCUUGGGUGCAUGAUCCGAUAAUCAAAGCAGCAUUUGAGAGGUUCAAUGGAAGGUUGAAGGAGAUUGAAGGAAUUAUUGAUGGUAGGAAUAGAGAUCCGAAGCUUAAGAAUAGGUUUGGGGCCGGAAUACUUUCUUAUGAAUCCAUGAAGCCUUUCUCUAAGCCCGGGGUCACAGGAAUGGGAAUCCCGAACAGCAUUUCCAUCUGAAAUUAGUUAAUUGGUAUUACUUCACCUAUCUUUGGACUUCAGAGAAGAUCUUGUAGAAUACAAUGGUGGGACUUAUAUUUGACGACGUUACAUCUCCUAGAGUCUAAUACGCGGACGGCGUUGCAAUUUUCAAAUCAAUUUGAUGUUUUAUUUUUCAUGGGCUGUCUGUAACAGCGGUGGGCCUAGCUAAUUUGAUGUUUGCAUUGGAUGCAAUCUCCUACCGUUUCAUUUCUAUCUUCUUUCUUAUUUUUUAUUUUUUUAUUU